GACGAGUUUGGUGGUGGUCGCAUCGACAGCUCAGGGGUGUUGGAUGUGCUUUUUCAAUAGUUUAUCGUUUUAAACGUUUGGAAAUUAAAGAUUCCUAUCAACCAACAUUUUCACUCCAAGAGCAGACCACCCUGGUGCUGGUGUAGUGCAGUUCUGCAAAUCUAGCACUGCGAAAACUGUGUAACAGUGGCACAAAAAUAGGCACUUCUUUUGGGGAAGACAAAAGUGGACCAAAUCGUCACCGUCCGUUGGUCGGACGGACGAGAGGCUGCUGCGGGUGUCGGGUUACAACCGAGUUAUGUCAUUCAUAAAAACGAUGUGCUUCGAGCUGGAGGCACAUUAAAAGGUGUCGUGUGGAAAUCAAUGCCCUUGUAGGCAACGUGACGUGCAGGUGGGUGUGUGUGGGCUCUCGCGUACGCGGGCUGAGCAGAAACAAUACGAAACAGUUCAGUGAGAGUAGAAUCUACUGCUACCAAGAACUAGUAAAGGGCUAGUGUUUUUUGCUGGUCGCCAGCCAAGAUUAAGCGAAAAGAGUCCCAAGAAAGUAUUGAUCCAUCGGAGUGAAUCAGAAUGCAACCCUUUUCGAACGAUUACGGCGGAGGGUAUGGUGGUGGCUAUGAGCAGCAGGAGCCCCAGCAAGCGAUCCCGAUGCGUCCACAGGGCGUAGCUCGUCCGAUGGUCGACCCAGAGGCCAUGGGCGAAGUGGAUCCUUCACAGUAUCCGCAGGCGAAGGAAUCGACGCACAAGAUCCGUGGCAAAUCCGACAUCCUGGAGAUGGUGUUUGGAUCCGUCGACCAGGAGCUGCUGCCCGUGAAGACGUUCUAUUUCUUCUUCUACUCCGCCUUCGGAUCGCUGUUCCCGCUGAUGGGUGUCUACUUUAAGCAGAUGGGCAUGAAUCCGGGCCAGUGCGGUCUGCUAAUCGGUACCAGGCCUUUCGUCGAGUUCCUGUCGGCACCAUUCUGGGGAAGCUACGCUGAUCGUUGCAAAAAAGGCAAAAUGCUACUGUUGGCUUCACUUGGUGCCUGGAUCAUCUUCACGCUUCCGUUGGGCUUCAUCCAACCGCCGGCCACAAGCUGUAUCGAGCGAAAGAAUGCCACCGACUUUGAGUUGCGCACACCACAGGUGCCUCGCAUUCUGAAGCGCUCUAUCGACGAGAGCAUGCUAGAGGAAAUCGCCUUCGGCAGGUUGUUGAAUGAUAGCGAAGCUGCUUUCACCAGGGUGGAACGGGCAGCACGCCCAAUAGCCGCGGCAGGAGUGUCACCAUUGGAUGUGAGCUACGCUAACAACUUCAACGAGAAGCUGCACCGUGACUGGGUUUCGCCACUGUUCUCCUCUAUCGUGUAUCGCACUGCCGACAUCCAAAAAGCCUUCUUCUUGCUGCUGCUUCUGGUUAUCAUUGGAGAGUUCUUCAGCGCUCCAGCUAUAACGCUGGCGGAUUCAGCAGUCAUUACUAUCCUCGGUGAAGAUGCGGAUCGCUACGGUCAUCAGCGUAUGUUUGGCUCGUUGGGCUGGGGCCUAGCCAUGUUCUUCGUCGGUAUCGCCCUGGACCACUCAACUGCCUUCCCCGAUCAUCCAUGUGGCCCCGAGAAGCAGGAGAAAAACUAUACAAUCUGCUUUGCAACAUUCUCGGUGCUGAUGGGUGCCGCACUGAUCUCCGCCACACAGAUCCAGUUCAAGUAUGAUUACUCGGAACAACAAGAGCAAGUGCAAGUCGAAAAGGUCCCCCAGGAGAUGACCCAUGAGGAGCAAAUGCAGGCUCAGCUUGCUCAACAGCUGCAGUUACCAUCGCUGGCGGCCUCUGGCGCAGGAACGGCCACAGCAGCUCCACCACCUACUGCUCUCGGGGCACAGGUACACUACACGCAACCGUCUAUCACAAUGCAAUCGUGCUUGAUGUUCCCUUCUUACCUCUUGCAGACCAAAAUGUUUGCCCAGACAACGCGCGAAAUGCCCGAAUGGGUGACGGUACUGAAGCAGUUUAAGAAUCUGAAAUGUGCCUCCUUCCUGUUCGUGGCUUGGUUCAUGGGCUUCGGUAUCGGUCUCAUCUUCACGUUCUUGUUCUGGCAUCUUCAGGACUAUGGUGGUUCCCCGACACUCUUCGGUGUCGCCUCGGUCAUCAAUCACAUCUCGGAGAUCUUCGCAUACUUCUUCAGCUUCCGGUUGAUCACGCAAAUUGGCCAUGUUAAGGUUCUCUGUCUUGGAUUGGUUGGUAACAUUCUACGUUUCCUGUACAUUUCUUACCUGAAAAACCCUUGGUGGGUGCUUCCGUUCGAGUUUAUGCAAGGAAUUACUCAUGCUGCUGUUUGGGCGGCCUGUUGUUCCUACAUUGCGCACAACACCCCGCAGCAUUUGCGGUCCUCUGCACAAGGUGUCCUGCAAGGACUUCAUCACGGGCUGGGUAGAGGUUGCGGUGCCGUCAUCGGUGGCAUGUUUGUUACCUAUUUCGGUACCACGGCCACCUUCCGUGGGUACGGUAUCAUCUGCAUUCUCGUACUGGCCG